AUGAUGGGUUUGAUGUUCUUCGCCAUCAUGAUCGGUGCUGGCUGCUUACAGGUUUACAGCUUUGAGUUCCUGGCCUUUGAGCGAGAUGCUUCCGCUGGUACUUCUGUCCUCGCCUAUUGGGCAUCGAAGACGUUAUGUCAUCUGUUUGAUACAUUCCUGUUCACUUUGAUAUUCACAGCUACUUGGUAUCUCAUCAUCCAGGCCAACUACAAUGGCGUCUAUGGAUACUGUAUAUUCUUCAUCUUCGCCUGGUGGGUGACAGGCUUCGGUCAGCUGAUGACUGUAGUCUUCCCGAUGGCAAUAUCACUGUUGUUGGCUGUCAUCGUGCCGGUGGAGUUUGUGACCAUGUUUGGUGGUGUCUCACCUCCCAUAAGCUCUGAUGGCUUCUUCCAGAAGGCUGCCACUUACUUUGGCUGCGGAUAUUAUGCGACGGAGCUCCUCACUAUGGCAGAAUUCACCGCUUUGCCUUCGAAUAUCUUGGACUUGAAUGUCGUCGCUGAUACCGUCCAUGGGUGCAAAUAUGGGUCAUCUUAUUACAUUCUUCGAGAUGUCUGCAUACUUGUCGGUAUGGGUCUCAUCUGGAGACUGUGUACCCUGGCCUGGCUGGAGAUAAUAGUUAAAUAUCGCAGAGAUGGCCUGGAUUCGAUGCUGCCAUGGUUGGCUCAUUUGAUCGACUACUUUAACACCAAGUUCAAUCCUGUGGUGAAAGACCCCGAUAGUCAUAAACCGAGGGACCAAGAUGAACACUCCCAGGUGGGAGAGGCGAGUACUUCUUCCACCGGUGGUGAAUCCAUCAGCGAUACUGGUGCAAGCUCUUCAGUGUCGAGACGCAUCAGUGCCGCUGGAGUGCGAACCAGACGUGCUACCAGCAGUCAUAUAUCGAAUGCGGUAUAAUUCUUCCCCUACCUGGACGACGUUCAUUUAUAGUAUUUCAUCCCAUGAUCUUGUUGUUCGAUUCCAUCGAGUCUGAUGAUUGUACUGCGAACUCACUCACGGAUCCGAGACACUCAACAUUCGCUGACGUCUAUGAGUAUUCGUCUGGGUAAGCGCAGUAGCGUGGUCGUGGAUCACUAGUAGCAGCGACCGCCCUUCGGAGGGGAGAAAGGUCAUUGACGAUGGCUGUG